AUGGCGACUUGUGGGGCAGGGAGCUGUGACUGUAACUGGACAUAUUGACACUCCCCCUCGUCGGGUAGCGGUGCGGUGGAUGCGUCGGGGACGGAGUGAUUCGCCUGGAAGGGCUUUUGUCGACAGGAGCUUGACCCAGAAGCGACAGACUGCGGUAAAGUGGAAGCGUAUGAGAGUGAGCCAGGCAGGAACUGGAGCAGUAAGAGGAGGAGCUGAUGGAGAAAGGCACAUUGGAGCUGAGCGAUGUUGGUAUCAUCAACAAAAAGAUCGAAAAAAUCUCUGUCAAACCUCUGCAAAAUGGAACUGUGCAUGUACAACAGGAAUGUGCAUUUACAGAAGGACAGUAUGUCUUAUCCAGAUGGACAGAUGGGUUGGUCUACCUUGGAAAAAUCAAGAAGGUGAACAAACAUAAGCAAAAUUGCCUUUUAGUCUUUGAAGAUAAUUCUGAAUUUUGGAUUCUUUGGAAGGAUAUACAGCAUGCGGGAGUUCCGGGUGAAGAGCCGAAAUGUAAGGUCUGUUUGGAAAAAAACUCCAUGCCUCCCAACGAAAUUUUGAUUUGUGGCAAGUGUGGUCUAGGUUAUCAUCAGCAAUGCCACAAUCCCAAAGUUGACAGAACAACAAAUGCAUCCACCGCUCCCUGGUUCUGUCGGCAGUGUAUAUUUGCAUUGGCUGUCAGGAAAGGAGGUGCUUUGAAAAAGGGACCAUUCGCUAAAGCCUUGCAGAGUGUCAAGCAGGUUUUGCCCUACAAUAUGCAUGAACUUAAUUGGGAUUCUCUGCAUAGAACUAAUCUGCAGCAGUGUUACUGUUACUGUGGAGGACCUGGAGAGUGGUACCUGAAGAUGCUUCAGUGCUGCAGAUGUAAGCAGUGGUUUCACGAAGCCUGCACUCAAUGCCUGAAUGAAGCCAUGAUGUUUGGAGACAGAUUUUAUUUGUUUGUCUGUUCUGUGUGCAAUAAAGGACCUGAAUAUAUCAAACGCCUACCCCUCAGAUGGGUAGAUGUUGUGCACCUCGUUUUAUACAAUUUAGGAGUCCGUGGCAAAAAGAAAUAUUUUGACUUUGAAGAGGAAAUAUUAAUAUUUAUUAAUCAAAACUGGUCGAGCCUCCAACUUGGAAAGCUGACAGAAACAGCAGUGCUUGAACGAAAGCAACAUCUCCUCGAUGCUUUAAACAGCUAUAAAAGCCGAUUUAUCUGUGGUAAAGAAAUUAAAAAGAAAAAAUGUAUUUUCCGUCUCCGUACUCGAGUACCACCAGUUCCUCCGAAUAUUAUUUUGCCUGAUAACAUUGGCCAAUUGACUGAUCAUGCUUGUAAUGAGAUCAAGAGGAGAGGAAAAAACAUGUUAGUGUUUGCGCCUAAGUAUGGCCCCCUACCAGAUGUACCACAGGCUCGCCGGCGGCAGCUUCCACUGAAGUGGGGGCAAAGAAACAGGAAAUCAAGCUGGUUUCUGCAGGAUGCUGUCCCAAAGAGUGACUUCUCCACAGCUGAGAGCACAAGCUACCAUUUGGCAAACAUAUUUGACUUUACAGUGGAUGAUAUUCAGAGUUUGAAAAGUUACAGCGAUCGCUCCGAAGGAACCUUUAGCUCCGACCUCGAUUUGACAGAUGCAGCAAGUACAUCUGGAUCUGCCUCCACAAGCGUGUCUGGGGACUCCAGAAAGACCGUGGGGAGUCGUAAAAGAAAGGCACCGAUGGAAUAUUCGUUAAAUGCCAAAAACAGCCGUAAGGAAACCAUCUACACACGUACAGCUAAUGGAAUGGGUCGGGCAGAACAAUCGAUGGAUAAUAAUUACCUUAACGUCCACACCUUUGAUAGUAUGAGUGAUGAUGAAACCUCCCUGUCCAACCUUAAAUCCUCCAUCACUAAUUAUUUUGGUGCUGCAGGCAGGCUGGCUUGUGGUGAAAAGUUCCAGGUCCUUGCCCGCAGGGUUACUCUGGAUGGGAAUGUGCAGUACCUCGUUCAAUGGGAAGGUUCCACUCCAUACUGAGUCACAACUGGAGUCGCAAUUCCAUUUGGUAACCAUAGGGCCACAGUGCUACAGAGCCGGGACUGAACAGGGCUCAAAACUAUCUCCUGUACCUGUUGCAAGGUGAAAGUUAGCUGCUGUGGAACCAUCACAUUUACCAGAAAGAGACAUUUAAUCGAAGAUUUGAGUUCUCUUUAGGCACUUGCUGUACUAAUGCAUUUUUAAAAAAAAAUUAGUACAGAACAGGCUUUUUGCUGCUAGUUGUAGCUAGUGUUAGUUAAUACCCAACUGAAGAGCAUUUUCAGUGCAAUCCAGGUAUGCAUUUGCCAUGAAUGAAUAUUAGACUGGCUCUGACCAGCUGGGCAAGUGAAUUGCAUUCAUCCACUGAGUAAAAUCAAACGUAGAGUUAAUGAGGAGAUCAGCUGGGAUUCAACCUCUUUGACAAAGUGGAGUUGCCAACCGGUGUAGCCCCCCACCCCCCCCUUGCUCCUGUCUCACGUGUUCUUGUUUGUCUUUUGGAUUACAUUGCUGAUGAGUUGAUUUGCAGCCACAAUUUAAAGGGGGGGGGGGGGGGGUUGUGCUUUCGGGAAGGAAGACGGGAAGUUUUAAUUUUAUUAAUUGACUAAGGUGGAGAUGUGAAUGUAAGUGGAUUGUGAUUUUUGCAGAUUUUAAAAACAAGUGAUUGGAAGUGGAUGAUGUAUACUGAGAAUGUGGGAAUAGGCCUCACAAGGGUGACCUGGUAGGCUCCACUGUAGCUGCUGCACAUUUAAUGCUGUUUUUAAUGUAAUCUAUUUCCAUAUACAGCUCUGCUUUAGAUUUAGAAUCACACCAGCUUAUCAUGUAGCCAGUUGUGACUGAUCAAAGUACAGCUAGCUUUUGAAAGACUGGCCUCAGCUGCUUAAACUCUUCUAUUAGCCAGCUUUAUGAAAAGAUUUUAAUUUUGGCAAAAGCCAACAGCCUUGUUUAUUGGCUGAAGCAAUCUCUGACAGGACAACGUACUACGCAGUUGAAUUGUUGCUGCUGCAGGUCCCACUCUCCCCUGGGUACCUACAUGUCCCAUGCAACUUUCAAAAUGGGGAAUGUAUAGAAUGCUUGAGACAAUGUGAAUUGAUGAAUUUUGAGGCUGCUGCUCUUGCUAUGUGGAUCUGCCUUUUUUUGGGGCAGAUGUCACACAUUGCAUUUUUUACCCUUUGAGAACUGGCUUGACAUUCCUGCAUUGGCAUCCAAAGUAGAACUGGGCUGCUCAUUUUCCCUCCACAGCAGUAGUGUGGUGUGCUGGUCACACUACAGUUCCCUAUUUUUUCCUUUUCACCCGUAAAGUCAUUUGUGUUUUCAUUUGCUGCUUGAAAGAUUCCCUGCUGCUCCCAUUCUUAAUGGGGCACUUUAACUUAAGUGUGGAAUUUUGGUAGACUUGCAUUGUCCAGCUCCACUGUUUUUAUCUGGUGUCCUGCGCCUUCACUUGUUAACCUGAGGGAGAGAACAGGCAUGACAUAUUGGAAAGAAUAGUUUAAUUUUAAAGAAAGCACUCUAAUCUAAAUAAAGAAUGAAUCUGGCAGGAGUAAAGUCUUCACCAAUCCUUCUCUCGGGGAACUGACAGAGCGGAGAACUGACAGAGUAGUCAACUGCCCUCCCUUGAUCAAGUGAGUGUCGACAGGCUAUCCUCCUAUGGAAGGCAUCAUGGCUCACACUCGGCCAGUGUUGGUACAAGGGCACAGGCUAGCAAUCAGAAGCAGGAAUCUUAUUUGAUUGCUCUCAUUUUGUUUUCUGGCCUGUAGUUCAUCUGUAUUGGGUGAGACCAACACAAGGGUGAGCAAGGGUUAAGCUCUGGGCAUCUAACCUCAGCUUUGCACCAUUGAUGCACAAAGCUAACUGAGCUGCAGCACUGCUUUAAUGAUUCACUUUAACAGGGAAGGGAAGAGGUGUGGACGUUGAAAGCUGUAGAAAUGCUGUUUCUUCUCAAAGGGUUAAGCUUUAAUAUAUUUGUAUGUGCCAACCUGGUGUUGCAAAUGAAAUGCUAAGGGACAUCAGAUGCUUUAGUUCCUAUUGAUAAUCAAAGUGUAUGAUUUAUAUUGUCACAGUUAAAUGUUUUUGAUACAAAAGUGAAGGUAGUUCUACAAAUUCUUCUAAAUACUUUUCAAGCACAACAACUGUUACAGCCUUUAUAAUGAUAAUAGUAGAUUCCUCUCUAUGAAUACCAAAGGUAUUUUUAUUUUUAAGUGAGGGAAAUAUAUCCCCUGUGCAAGAAUUAUUCAUUUGAACUUUGUUUCCAAAAAUACCAGAAGCUUGAUCUUAUGAGAUCAGAUUAAGCUGUUCUUGAACAUACUCUGUAUUAGGUAUUUAAUGGAGACGGAUCACCUUUCUUGGUUUAAAAAAAGUGGUUCAGUAUUCAAAGUGGCAUUUUCACAUGUGCAAUACAUUGAUAAUUGUGAAUAUUGGCUUCUUAAAACAGGCCCUUGGCCAAAGACUCACAACCUUUGGUUGUUGACUGCGCUCCCCUCAGCUCGUGUUGCUGAAUUCCUAAACAAUGUCUCCAUCACCUCCCGAUUGGACGACCAAAACAUACUCCUCACUGCCCCCCAGAAACCUGGUGCCACAUCCGAUCUAGCACCAAGACCUGUUCCACCAUCACCUGUGGGCCUGUCAGUAAAUGAUUGAAGCAGCCUCUUGAUUUGAACAUUUUCAUCCUUGAUUUUUUUUUCAACCCCUCCCUGCCCUCCUGCUCCCUACGAUCUCCUAUAUACUUCUGCUCCUCCUGUUUCUUGCCUCUUGAUCAUCCCCAUUGGAUCUGCUCUGCCAUUGACAGUUGUGCCAAAGCCCUGAAUUCCCUUCUUAAACUGCUUCAUCUCUCUAUCCCCUCUCUCCGUCCUCCUUGAAGGCAAGACUUUUGAUGAAACCUUUAACCUUCUACCCUUUUUACCCCAUGAAGUGUUAAGUUUUGCUUGUGACCAAUCCUGCAAGGUAUUUUGGGGGUGUCUUACCAUGAAAAUGACUCUGUAAAGGGUUGGUGUUGUUUUAGUUUUCUACAGAGAAGCUGUUACAAAAGUAACACCUUCUCUGUAGAAAACUAACAGUUGUUUAUCAUAUGAGGAGCAUUUGAUGUCUCUGGGCUUGUACUCAAUGGAGUUCAGAAGAAUAAGGGGGGAAAUCUCAUUGAAACCUACCGGAUACUGAAAGGCCUGGAUAGAGUGGACAUGGAGAGGAUGUUUCCAUUAGCAGGAGAGUCUAGGAUUGAAGGGCACAGCCUCAGAAUAAAGGGACGUUCCUUUAAAACUGAGGUGAGGAGGGAUGUCUUGAGCCAAAGGGUGGUGAAUCUGUGGAAUUAAUUGCAACAGAGGGCUGUGGCGGCCAAGUCACUGGGUGUACUUAAGGCAGAGAUUGAUGGGUUCUUGUUUCUUGAGGGGGUUAAGGAUUAUGGGGAGAAAGUGAGAGAAUGGGGGUGAAAAAAAAAUCAGCCAUGAUUGACUGGCGGAGCAGACUCAGUGGGCUGAAUGGCCUAUUGUGCCCCUAUAUCUCAUGUAAGUACCAGUUAAUUAAAUGGAAACAAAGAGGGAGAAAUUAGUCUUGGGCUGUUGUGGAGUAAAACAGGAGACCACUUGGGGUAGCACUGCCUCAUUUGCUGCUUUAAGUCCCGUGUAGUCUAACCCUGUCUGCCAAUUCACUACUGAAGUAAAUCUGCUGGAUAUGAAGUUAAAACCUAACAGGCAACCACCCAUGCCCAAUCCAAACCUGUCCCAAGCCCAAGUUUUCACACACAACCAUCACCAGAAGCAUAACAAUCCCAACCAUGGUACUGUCCAGAAUCCCGUCAGACAGCUAGCCUGCGCUCAUCCCACUCAAUACUGCAGGGGCCCAAUCACUUAAAACUUUGUCCCCACUCAAAACCCUUUAGCCACAUUCUUUCCUCACCCUUCACUCUUCCUGUCAAACUCACCAGCUCUCCAUCCUGAAGAACCUCUUGGACCCAAGUUGCAUCUCCUCAGAUCUUUCUGCCGCCUUCAGCAGGAACUAUUCCUGACUCUGGGUGGGAUGGUCCCAUUCUGAGAUCGAUCCUUCACUGGAGAGACACAGCCUCACACCAGCUGUGCAGUGAUACUGGCUGAUCCCUCAGCAGAGAGUUUCUGAAAUGGCCGAACCACAAGGUCAGAUCCUGCUGGACAUGAGUUCCAGUCAGAUUUUCACAAGAGAUGAAGGUGAAUUUCAUUCUCACAGUGAUUAAUGGACAUUUAAGAUUCAAAAUCCUGGAAGUGAUGUUUACCUUUGAAGUCACACACCUGGGAGGGGUAAUAGUUGGACCUUGCUUUGCCCAUCCUUAGGAGAGGAAGAGAAGACAAACAUCCUGCAGCCUCAUGGGUCCAGGAACUCCCAAAUAGUGAACCGUGUAAUGCUGGGGAUCCUCAUCGAUCGACUGAAUCAGCAGUCAGGGCCUUGUUCCAGGACCCCUGGCAGAAAUUGGA